AUGGCUAUCUCUAUCAAAAACGUCAUCGUUCUCGGCCUUUUGGCUCUGGGUACGACCAGCGUACAGGGCCACUCCGGCCAUCAUCACGGUGAAGAUGAAGAAAUAGUUCUUUCACAAAGCAAAAAGGAGGAGCUUUUGAUGAAAUGGGAGCAAGAAUGGGGAUUCUCUGGCAUUUCUACAUUUGCGCAUAUGAAAACGGUCAAAUGUCUCAUUGAGCCGGAUGAGCGGUACGACAUUGCUGUUAUCGGGGCCCCGUUCGAUACAGCCGUCAGUUAUCGACCAGGCGCACGAUUCGGCCCUCGCGCAAUCCGCGCCGCCAGCGGCCGCCAACUCCCAGGAACAAGCUAUAACGCCCGCGCUGCCAUCAACCCGUACAAAUCAUGGGCCACGAUCCUCGACUGCGGCGACAUCCCCAUCACACCCUUCGACAACGCCCUUGCCGAACGACAAAUGUACGAAGCCUUUCUCGAGUUGGGCACCCGUCCUGCAAAGACACCCGCAGCCCCAAAUAACAAGGGUAUAGCAGCCGGAAAACCGAAAUUAGUCACUCUAGGAGGAGACCAUAGCAUAGCCCUACCGGCGCUACGAGCAUUGUAUCAGAUAUAUCAAAAGCCCAUCACGGUUCUGCAUUUUGAUGCGCAUUUGGAUACCUGGAAUCCCGUGCGAUAUGCAUCGUAUUGGCUUUCGGAGCAAUCUCGGUUCAAUCAUGGAAGUUUCUUCCAUAUUGCCAGCACCGAAGGGUUGAUUUCGAAUACUACCUCUGCGCAUGCCGGGAUCAGGACGAGAUUGACUGGUAUCGAUGAUGGGGAUUAUACCAACCCUGGCCCUGAGCAGGGGUUCAUGCGUAUCCAUGCCGAUGAUAUUGAUGAUAUCGGUACAAGCGGCGUGAUUGAUUCAAUCAUCAACCGCAUUGGUCUUGAUCCUGAUCAACCAGUUUAUUUGUCGGUGGAUAUUGACGUCCUUGACCCCGGCACAGCACCAGGUACCGGAACCCCUGAACCAGGUGGUUGGACAACUCGAGAAAUGAUCCGUAUUUUGAGAGGGAUCGAGAAGUUGAAUCUUGUGGGCGCGGAUAUCGUGGAGGUUAGCCCCAGUUAUGAUAAUGUGGGAGAAACGACUGCGUUGGCUGCGGCGCAGGUUGUGUUUGAGAUUAUUACGAGCAUGGUUAAGUCUGGGUCAGGGAAGGAGUUGGGUGGCUGGUAUGGGAAGAAGGAUGAUGAGGUUUUUGAGAAGGGGAAGGAUGAGUUAUGA